UGGAUUCUCCACAUUUCACAACCACCACCACUCCUGGACUUCCCAUUUUAGAGAAUACACAUACUUCACCAAUACAUUGUGUUAUACAAUACAUAAAAAAUCAAUUCCCAAGUUUUUUUGUUUGUUUUGGUUGUGAUCGAUGGAGAGUUACUUGAAGAAAUGGUGCUUAGUUUCUAUGUUUGUUUUGUAUUUGGGUUUAAGGUUUAAGGUAAAAGCAGAGCCUCAAGUUCCAUGUUACUUCAUCUUUGGUGAUUCUUUGGUUGAUAAUGGAAACAACAAUCGUCUUGCCUCUAUUGCCCGAGCUGAUUAUUACCCUUACGGCAUUGAUUUGGGUCGCCCAACCGGCCGCUUUUCCAACGGAAAAACUACCGUUGACGAGAUAGCUGAACUACUUGGAUUUGAUAACUACAUUCCCGCGUAUAGUGAUGUUAGUGGCGAGCAGAUACUUCAAGGAGUCAACUACGCAUCUGCAGCUGCUGGAAUCAGAGAAGAAACCGGUCAACAGUUGGGACAAAGGAUAACUUUUAGUGGACAAGUUCAAAAUUAUCUGAACACAGUGUCACAAGUGGUACAGAUUCUUGGAGAUGAGAAUAGUGCAGCUGAUUACCUUAGGCAAUGCAUUUACUCUGUUGGUUUGGGAAGCAAUGAUUAUCUUAAUAACUAUUUCAUGCCUCAAUUCUACUCCACUAGCAGACAGUUCACACCAGAACAAUAUGCUGAUGAUCUUAUCAAUCGUUACAGAGACCAGCUCAAUGCACUAUACAACUAUGGAGCUAGAAAGUUUGCACUGGUAGGAGUGGGAGCCAUCGGGUGUAGCCCGAACGCCCUUGCAACGGGCAGCCCCGAUGGAACAACUUGCGUGGAAAGUAUCAACUCGGCCAACAGAAUCUUCAACAGCAGGCUUAAGUCUAUGGUCCAACAGCUCAACAACGACCACUCUGAUGCUAGGUUUACAUACAUUAAUGCUUAUGGCGUUUUCCAGGACAUAAUCGCCAAUCCCUCUGCUUAUGGGUUUAGGGUAACGAACGCUGCGUGUUGCGGAGUUGGAAGAAAUGGAGGCCAGCUUACAUGUCUACCAGGACAAGGCCCGUGUCCGAACCGAGAUGAGUACGUGUUUUGGGAUGCAUUUCAUCCAACGGAUCAUGCGAACACGAUCAUAGCACAACGAUCUUACAAUGCGCAAUCGUCUGAUGACGUUUAUCCAAUUGAUAUUUCAGCGUUAGCACGGCUUUAAAAGAAAAGAGAAUAGGAGACUUCUCAACCAAGUGUAUGUUUUCAUGUUUUAAAUUCAGUUGUCUGGAAAAAGAUUGUGAAGUUAUGUGUGUUCCCAAAUAAUGACAAAUAUAAGGGGGGAUAUUGACACAGCUACAAUGAAAUUGAAUCUAGUAUGCUUGGAAAUAUAUAUAAUAUCAAAUGUUAAGUUUGAUCAUUUAAGUUUUUAAAA